AGAGCACUUGGAAUGAGCACACCGAAGCGGACACCGUUAUUCGCGCCCGGUAGCUCAUCACCAUUACCAUUUCCUAGUUCAUCCCCAACAAAGAAUGUUGGCAGAAGAGCUGCGAUAGACUCAGAUGCUCCUCUCGACUCUGAACCCCUCGAUUUCCCUUCAAGUCCUACUGGCCCCUCUUCCGUCAGAAAUCGACGUGGUGAUAUUCAUUCAUCUUUGUCGUUGACACCAUCCAGACGGCGAACUAGGCCUGUGGGUUACAACGACGAGUUAAACGACAAUCUAAAUUCAGAUGGAACUCAUUUAUCACUUCCACCUUCAUCAGCACCUCAUCUGUCGGCAGCAGCAGCACCCUCCGAUGAGCCCGACGAAAUUCGUGCCAUCUGGGGCACUACAGUCAAUCUUGCCGAAACAAUGAAGCUUUUCCGUGACUUCCUUAAAGGCUUCAAACCCAAGUAUCGCGCCUCUCACGACCGUGCACUCGGCUUGCGUACACGUACAUUCGCUUCCCCAGAGGAGGCUGAACUUGUUCUUUACGAAAUGUACCUUCGUAAAAUGCGGCAAACCGGGGAAAGCAACCUCAACUUGGACAUGAUGAACAUGUUAUCCUAUCCCCCAUCUAAAAAGCUUUAUUCUCAACUGCAAAAAUAUCCACAAGAAGUCGUGCCUGCUAUGGAUCAGGUUCUGAAAGACCUCAUGUUGGAAAUUGCAGACAUGGACCAACAAGCUGGGACGGAGGACAUGCAAGGCGAUCAAGGAGAUGAAGAGAUCGCAGAUAUUAUGGGGAAAGUGUACAAAGUGAGACCGUUUGGCCUCAAGAAUACCGACAAACUUGUCUGUAUAAAGGGUCUCGUAAUUAGAGCAACAGCUGUGAUCCCAGACAUGAAAGUGGCAUUUUUCCGAUGCCUCACCUGUUCGCAUACCGUACAAGUUGAAAUUGAUCGCGGAAAAAUACAAGAGCCUGCUCGCUGCCCGCGUGAUGUCUGUGCUUCUGUCGGCACCAUGUCACUGGUACACAAUCGAUGCGAGUUUGCUGACCGGCAAGUCAUUCGACUGCAAGAGACCCCCGAUGCAGUUCCCGACGGACAAACACCGCAUACCGUGUCUCUCAGCGUGUACGACGAACUUGUGGAUGUUUCAAAGCCAGGUGAUCGAGUUGUGGUUACUGGUAUAUUCCGGAGCGUUCCAGUCAGGGUCAAUCCAAGACAGAGGACGAUAAAAAGCCUGUUUAAGACGUUCUUGGACGUUGUUCAUGUGCGGCUUGGAGCAGGAAACACUCUAGGACUUGAUCGCAGCACGAGACCUGCUGGAGGGGACAGGAUACCUGAGAUGGAAGCGAAACUCAUUGGUUUGAGCAGAAAGCAUGAUCUUUAUGAAUUGCUCUCUCGAUCACUGGCCCCUUCCAUCUGGGAAAUGGAUGACGUUAAGAAGGGAAUUCUAUUACAGUUGUUUGGGGGUACUAACAAGAGUAUUGCGAGAGGCGGUGGUGGCGGAGGUCCGAGGUAUCGAGGUGACAUCAACGUUUUGCUGGUUGGUGAUCCUGGUACGGCUAAGUCGCAAAUUCUGCAGUAUGUGCACAAGAUAGCCCCUCGUGGUGUGUAUGCCUCUGGCAAAGGUUCGUCCGCUGUGGGUUUAACCGCCUAUGUUACUCGCGAUCCCGAUUCGAAACAGCUGGUGCUAGAAAGUGGUGCUCUCGUUUUGAGUGAUGGUGGUGUUUGUUGCAUUGAUGAAUUUGACAAAAUGUCAGACGCAACGCGGAGUGUUCUCCACGAAGUCAUGGAACAACAAACGGUGUCAAUAGCCAAGGCAGGCAUCAUCACAACCCUCAAUGCCCGAACCUCCAUCCUUGCUGGAGCUAACCCAGUCGAGUCCAGAUAUAACGUAGACCUGCCUAUCACGCGCAACAUUGAUCUGCCACCCACUCUCAUAUCUCGUUUCGACUUGCUUUAUCUCGUUCUUGACCAAGUAGACGAAGUCAUCGAUAGGAGACUGGCUCAACAUCUCGUCGGCCUUUACCUCGAAGAUACCCCACAUACCGGUGGACAAAAUAUACUGCCUAUGGAAGAGCUUUCCGCUUAUAUCGACUACGCCCGGACACAUAUCCAUCCAAUUUUGAGCGAAGAAGCCGGAACAGAACUUGUACGGUCCUACGUCGAGAUGAGGAACCUUGGUGCCGAUCCUCGUUCUUCCGAAAAGCGGAUCACGGCAACAACGAGGCAGCUCGAGAGUAUGAUCCGACUCUCCGAGGCCCAUGCUCGCAUGCGUUUCGCAGCCUUUGUCGAGCUGCAGGAUGUCAAGGAAGCGUGCCGACUGAUGCGAGAAGCCAUCCGCACUUCUGCGAUGGACCCACGGACGGGCAAGAUCGACAUGGGGCUGUUGAACACGGGCACUGGACAGGGACAGAGGAAGAUGAAAGACGAUAUGAGACGCGAGGUGCUGAACCUCCUGAAUGCCGGUGUGGGCACGAGGGGUAUACGGUGGUCCGAUGCCGUCAAGAGAUUGGCGGAGCAGAGUAGCAUCAAGGUCGACUCUGCGGAGUUUGCGCAGGUGAUUAAGGAGCUGGAGAAUGAGGGGAUGGUGAAUGUGGUUGGGGAGAGGGAUAAGAGGAUGAUCCGCAAAAUUGAGAAUUAGGUGUAUUGGUUUUUGUAUCUUUUUGUUGCUGCUUUUAUUGUAUGUUAUACCCUGUCUUGCUCUGUAACACUACCUACCUGAGAUGCUUUAAAGCGUGACUGGGAUAAAUUUGGUCGAACAGAUUCA